AUGACCCGAGUCACUCGACCCGGCUCUGAUUCCUCCCUGACCCGAUCCAUUCCCCCUUUGAACUUGGCUCAUCUGGGUUGGCCCGGUUUUUGGGACCCAGGCCUGCUGGUCCCGGACUCCAGGCCCAGCCUAGCUGGCACUUGGGCCCACAUCUACAGCGGGUCGGGUCUGGGUAACAUAGAUCAUUUUGUCGUUUUGACUCCUCGAUCACAUGGCGGGCAUGGAUACCUAACUGCGAAGUCAAACGAAGCAACAAACCAGAUACAGAGAAGAGGAACUGAAACUGAAGCAGCAAAAACUAUCAGAGCCCUCGGAAAUGCCGAAUGUUACCAAGGUUUCUCCACUUCUAACUGUUUGAUCUUUUCUGGGUCAGCUUCAUAUGUAGAAAAUGUGCAUCUUGAUCUUGCUGGGCAGUUCAAGAUUGGCCUCUGUCAGUUGUCAGUUACGUCAGACAAGAACAUUAAUCUGGCUCAUGCUAGAAGCUCGAUUGCAGGGGCUGCCAAACAGGGAGCAAGCCUUGUUGUUUUACCUGAAAUGUGGAACUGUCCUUAUUCAACCGAUUACUUUGAAAAUUUUGCUGAGGAUUUUGAUCACAACAAGGAUGGAUCACCAUCAUUUUCCAUGUUGUCGGAAGUUUCUUUCAGCCAUAAGAUCACAUUAGUAGGCGGAUCUAUGCCGGAGAGGAGAGACGGUCAGCUCUACAACACCUGCUGUGUGUUUGGACCCAAUGGAAAACUAAAGGCCAAGCAUAGCAAACUGCAUUUGUUUGACAUUGACAUUCCAGGAGAUAUUUUGUUUAAGGAAUCGGAUACAUUUGCAGCUGGAGACCAACCCACCAUUGUUGACACAGGUAUGGAUCUACUUCUCAGAUUUAUCAAAAUCUGGCUGAAGCGUGAGGAGUUGGCUUCUCACUUAAAUGCCAGAAGUCCAUUCUGGGCAUUCGAUUCUCAUGAUGUAGGUCGCAUCGGCAUAGGAAUUUGCCACGACAUACGUUUCCCUGAACUUGCGAUGCUAUACCAAGCAAGAGGUGCGGAUUUGAUAUGCUAUCCCGGGGCAUUUAGCAUGAGUACGGGCGAAAUGCUGUGGGAGCUGGAGCAAAGAGCAAGGCGAUAUUCCAUUUUCACGUUGUUCCCUCUGUGGACUUGCAGGGCAGCCGAUAACCAGUUAUAUGUAGCUACAUGCUCGCCGUCUCGGGACUCCGUCGGCAGCUAUACAAUAUGGGGACAUUCUACCGUCGUUGGACCGUUUGGCGAAAUAAUUGCCACGUCGAGCCAUGAAGAGACGGUGGUGAUGGGAGAGAUCGAUUACUCUAAAAUUCAACAUCGGAGGUGA